GCGUGGAGCAGCAAGGGGUGAGCUCCAGCGGCAGGCCCAGCCAUGGAGAAGGACACGGGGUGUCCGGCCCACACCACGGUGUGUGAAGAGGCGUCCUGCGUGGUGUUCGAGAGAGACUCCAACGCCGUGCUCAGCGCGGUGCUCAGCGCGGUGCUCACCGUCCUCCUGGCGAUGGUCAUGUUCUCCAUGGGCUGCAACGUGGAAAUCGGCAAGUUCCUGGGCCACAUCAAGCGGCCCUGGGGCAUCUGCGUGGGCUUCCUCUGCCAGUUUGGAAUCAUGCCCCUGAUGGGUUUCAUCCUGUCCGUCGCCUUCCAAAUCAUCCCCAUCCAGGCCGUGGUGGUGCUGAUUAUGGGCUGCUGCCCGGGAGGAACGGCCUCCAACGUCCUGGCCUACUGGGUGGACGGCGACAUGGACCUCAGCGUCAGCAUGACCACGUUCUCCACGCUGCUUGCCCUGGGAAUGAUGCCCCUGUGCCUCUAUAUCUACACCAAAAUGUGGGUUGACACCGGGUCCAUCAUAAUCCCCUACGAUAGCAUAGGUACUUCUCUGGUGGCUCUUGUUAUUCCUGUUUCCAUUGGAAUGUUUGUUAAUCACAAAUGGCCCCAAAAGGCGAAGAUCAUACUUAAAAUUGGGUCCAUCGCAGGUGCCAUCCUCAUUGUUCUCAUUGCUGUGGUUGGAGGCAUAUUGUACCAAAGUGCCUGGAUCAUCGAGCCUAGACUGUGGGUCAUAGGAACAAUCUUUCCUAUCGCUGGGUACAGCCUGGGGUUUUUCCUGGCUAGGGUCGCUGGCCAGCCCUGGCACAGGUGCCGCACGGUGGCUCUGGAAACAGGGAUGCAGAAUAGUCAGCUGUGUUCUACCAUCGUGCAGCUCUCCUUCACCCCCGAGGAGCUCAACCUGGUGUUCACCUUCCCACUCAUCUACAGCAUCUUCCAGAUCAUCUUUGCCGCAAUACUCCUAGGAAUUUACAUUGGAUACAAGAAGUGUCGUGGGAAAAAUACUGCAAAAUUUUCAGAGAGAGAAGAUAACGAAACAGAGUUGGAGUCAACAUGUCACAAGAUAAAUGGAGGGUUCCAGCCAGAUGAAAAGUAGACUCCAAGUGAACAAAAAAAAAAUGCUAAAGAAAAUUCUUAAACUAUACAGUAGAUCAUUCUAGCUUUGGAUGGGAUAGUUAGUAGGGAAAAGUUAAAGUAAAAUUUAAAAUUUGAAUUGAACCUGCAUAUUGGUUUUGGUACAAAGUGACUUACUAAUUGAGAAAAUACUGUGUCAUAUACACAUAUAUUCUAUACAAACACACCACACACACACACACACACACACACACACACACACACACACAUUUACUGGUUAUCUAUGGGAUGCUCUUUAGUACCACUCAAGUUCCUCAAGUAAUAUGGCAUUUGCAUUAACUUUCUCAUAUACUGGAAAUCAUCCCUAGUUGACUUGUAAUACCUAACUCAAUAUAAGUGCUGUGUAAAUAGUUUUUAUACUUAUUGCUUAAUGACUAAUGACAAGAAACAAAAUUUGUAAUAUAUUCAGUAUUUUUUCAAGU